UCGGCGGUGGAUUGGCAGCGCCUGGCGCGGGCGGCCUCAGCCAUGGCGGACGAGGAGCUGGAGGCGCUGCGGCAGCGGCGGCUGGGGGAGAUCAGGGCCGAGCACGGGGAUCCUUCUGCUGACCCGUCACAACAGGAAGCCAAACAGAGGGAAGCAGAGAUAAGAAAUACUAUUUUAGCUCAAGUUCUUGAUCAAGCAGCUCGUGCAAGAUUAAGCAAUUUAGCACUUGUGAAACCAGACAAAGCAAAAGCAGUAGAGAAUUAUCUUAUACAGAUGGCAAGAUUUGGACAGCUAGCUGGAAAGGUAUCAGAACAAGGUUUGAUAGAAAUACUUGAAAAAGUGAGUCAGCAAACAGAAAAGAAAACAACAGUGAAGUUCAACAGAAGGAAAGUAUUGGAUUCUGAUGAAGAGGAUGAUUAUUAAUACUACUGUAAGGCUGCCAAACAAGAGCCUGGAAAAAUGCUGUUAGCAGGCAGAAAGCAAGACCUGAAAAUGUUUACGCUUCUUGACUUUUUUUUUAUUAUUAUAAAAGGCCAACAAAUAAACUUGUAAAAUAAAUCUGAGAAGGGGGAUUUUAUAACUUAAAAGUUUUGUAGUAUAAGAGGCCUGAGCAGUGUGGGGUUCCCUGUGGCUUCGUUGGCAUGAAUGUUUUGUUGCCCCUUCCUCACUGUAAGCUCUGCUUUCAGCCACUGCACACACUUAACUUGCUGUUAUUGGAGAUAGCAAACACAGGAGCCAAGUGAGAAACAGGGAACAGCCACUCAGAGUUUGAAGUGUGAGCAGGCUCUGUCACAGAGUGUUAGAAAGGAGAUUCCCUGAGUCCCUGCAGGAUGCCAGUCCAGCAGCCACCGGCUCUCCAGUCCUUACUGGAAUUUAAAUGAAGGUAUCCACACAGUGUUUGGAUCAGGGGAUUCCUGUCUGUGUAAAGAAAUGUAAACAGCUGAACCGUUCCCCUGUGAGCUCCUGGGCCCUCAAACACAGCAAGUCAACUGUGUCACACACAGCACUGUUCAGACACUUGGUAUCAUGUAUUCUUACAACUACCUCCACUUUUAUCAAAUGGCUGGAGUGUUUCUUACCUGAAAAAAAAAGAAAAAACCAUUUUCCUACCCUCUGCAACUCCUGCAUGCUUAAAGUAAAACUGAACUUGUGCUGUACCUUUAUUCAAGAAUAUGGUUAUGGAAAUCAGUAAGAUAAAUACUGUAAUGUGCUCAUAAACUCUCCCACCACAGCCCCCGUAUCUCACAUAAUUUAAUUGUGUACAAUUCCAACUGCAGUGUUUUUUGGAACAGAAUAAACUUGUUUCAAGUGA